AUGAAAGGCCUGAUCACUAGUUUCAAAGUCGGCCACUUGGAGGCGUCGUGGGCUAUCCGUCUGAAGUCCAAGGCGGUGUUUGAGGAGCUGUGGGGAACAGCCAAACUGUGGAGCAGCAUUGACGCUGUAGCCAUAGGACGGCCACCGGAGGAUGGAGUAACAGAGUUUGCUGAACCUGGUUCCCAUUGGCUUCACGUUGACCAGGGUGCUCAUAAGGAGGGACUGCAUGCUUACCAGGGGGGCGUGUACCUGGAGAACACAGACUGCGAUGAUUGGUGCUUUCAGGCGAUUUUAGGCUCUCACAAGUAUCACCAGGCAUUCUGCAACACCUUUCCCAACGCAGUAAAGAUGUCGACCAUCACCGAUUUUUACCCAUUUGAAAAACCUGGUGAAAUAAAAUGGUUUGAAGACAGAGGAUGCCAGGUGAAACGAAUCCCAGCGCCAAAGGGAUCAAUAGUCAUCUGGGAUUCGCGCACCGUUCACGCGAAUAUCCGGCCAAUCAAAGGCCGCCAACACCCUGGUAGGUGGCGCUAUGUUACAAUGGUUUCCAUGACGCCCGCUGCAUGGGCAACGCAAGCCGAUCUGGAGUCCAGGAGAGAGGCGUACAACAAUCUAAAGAUGACAACACACUGGUCCUCCCAAGACGUCAAUGUAUUGGGGGAAUAUGAUAUCAAUCAAGUGAACACAGUCACUGAGCUUCCUAGUAACGCGAGAUCUCGUGAAGCGCGCCUCCUUGCUGGAGACUUGGAGUACGCUUUCGAGGACGGUGAAAGCAAUGGGCCAGAAAAACCUAAAUGGAAUACAGGACACCGAGAAGGAGGAUGGUUUAGUUGGUGCAAUAUUAUAUGA